AUGCCCUGCCCCAACUGCAAAAACAAUGUCACGACCCAUAAGAACAUCUACGUGGUUCCUCGCGAGUGGCAGACGCAUAAUUUCUUGGAGUGCGCUUUAUGGAAAAUUCACUCCAAUCACUAUCGUACCUACAAAACAACUAAAAGUUUUCGUGUUUAUGCAGAUGGCAUAACAGCUCGCUUAGAAAAUUAUAGUAACUAUUUAUGGUUAAGAAAAACAUAUGAUUUCGCCGAAAAGCCAGACCCUAAAAAAUACUUCUCUGCUUAUGUGGCUUGUAUUUAUUGUAACAAUAAGUAA